AUGGCUCUGCGGCGGGUGCUGGGGCUGGGGAGGGCCCUGGGGUGCCGGAGCUGCUGCUCCAAGCACCCACUGCCCCCGGACUUCGUGGAGGCCCUGAGGGCCGUGGUCGGGGGCCCCAACGUCUCCACGGCCACGGCGGUGCGCGAGCAGCACGGUCACGACGAGUCCAUGCACACCUGCGCCCCCCCGGACGCCGUGGUGUGGCCCCAGGCGGUGGGGCAGGUGCAGGAGCUGGCGGCGCUCUGCUACCGCCACCGCAUGCCCAUGGUGCCCUUCGGCACCGGCACCGGCCUCGAGGGCGGCGUCAAUGCUGUGCAGGGCGGCGUCUGCUUCGACCUGAGCCGCAUGGAUGCCAUCACGGAGCUGAGCCUCGAGGACUUCUCAGUGGUGGUGGAGCCCGGCGUCACCCGCAAGGCUCUCAACAGUCACCUGCGUGGCACCGGGCUCUGGUUCCCCGUCGACCCCGGGGCAGACGCCUCGCUGUGCGGCAUGGCGGCCACGGGCGCCUCGGGCACCAACGCGGUGCGCUACGGCACCAUGCGGCCCAACGUGCUCAACCUGCGCGUGGUGCUGCCGGACGGGCGCCUGCUCCACACCGCCGGCCCCGGGCGCCAGGCCAGGUGGGCACCGGGGGGCCGAGCCGGGCUGGGCGGCGGCUGUGCAGGCGCCCGCUCACCGGCCCCACGCAGGAAGCGGGCGGCCGGCUACGACCUGACCUCGCUCUUCGUGGGCUCCGAGGGCACCCUGGGCUUCCUGACGCAGGCCACGCUGCGCCUGCAUCCCCUGCCUGAGGCCACCGCUGCCACCACCGCCGCCUUCCCCAGCGUGCGGGCGGCCGUGGCCUGCACCGUCCAGGUGCUGCAGGCUGCCGUGCCCGUGGCCCGCAUUGAGUUCCUGGACGAGGUGAUGGCGGGUGCCUGCAGCCGCUUCAGCGGGCUGGAGCUGCCGGCGGCGGCCACGCUCCUCCUGGAGCUCCACGGCUCCCGGCACAGCCUGGCCGAGCAGCAGCGGCAGACGGAGGAGAUCGUGCUGCUGAACGGCGGCUCCGGCCUGGCCUGGGCGGAGGAGCCGGAGGAGCGCGGGCGGCUCUGGGCCAUGCGCCACAACGCCUGGUACGCCGCCCUGGCCCUGCGGCCCGGCUGUCAGGGCUACUCCACGGACGUCUGCGUGCCCAUCUCCCGCCUGCCCAACGUGGUGGUGGAGACCAAGCGGGACCUGCAGGACUCCGGCCUCACCGGCCCCAUGGUGGGACACGUGGGCGACGGCAACUUCCACUGCCUCCUCAUCUUCGACCCCCAGGACCCGGCUGAGGCGCAGCGCGUCCACGCCUUCACCCAGCGCCUGGGCAGGCGGGCGCUGGCGGCGGGCGGCACCUGCACCGGGGAGCACGGCGUGGGGCUGGGCAAGCGGGCGCUGCUGCUGGAGGAGCUGGGCCAGGAGGGGCUGGACACCCUGCGCCGCAUCAAGGCCGCGCUGGACCCCCACAACCUCAUGAACCCCGGCAAGGUGCUCUGA